GCCUAACUAAAACAUGGCGUCGGAAGAAUGGCUGUUGCAGAUCGAUUCGGAUAAAUACUACAUUUAGAGAAUUGAUUUCUGUUGAGCUUCUGAAUACAAUUUGAUGUUCACUUGAUUACUUCUUGUAACAGAUAGUCUGAGAUACUAAAUUCAUAAGUCGUAUUAUUUAAAAAGACUGAUAAUACCAGAUCGAAGAAUGGUGAUGAAAUAUUUUAUAUUUCAAUAAAUCUUUGAUAACAGAGAAAGGAUCUUGACACCCAAUUGUUAUACUUAGGUAUCAAUGCCAUAAUGAAGUCGGUAGUCCAAAUUCAAACCAGUAAACCUACUUCCCCUAAACCUGGAAAAGGGGUGGAUGGAGGUCAUAAUUCACAAGCCUCCGGUGACUCCAUUGAUCAAGUAGGGAAAGGAGAUUUUAAUAAAAAGGAAGUGGUAAAUAUUAGCAACAAUGCAGGUGAUAUUCCGCUACCACCACAACCACCAACAACAAAUCUUACCAACUUACCAGAUGCUGAAUCAAUCCCUUUGCCACCACCAACAGAUACAGAUUCCAUCCCACUACCCCCAAGUGAUGACACCAAGAAGGAAGGGCAAAGUAAAGAAAAUACCACCCUAUCAAAGAAUUUAAGAACUGGAGUUGUAAAGACACCGUUUGUUAUAAAACCAAAAGUUAAAACUAGCUCUGAAAUUAAACAACUUUUACCGAAAGAUGAUGGUAAAGAUUGUGAUGGCGGAAGGGAGAGUGUAUCCUUCAGCUUUACAAAGAAAGCUACAACCAGUGUUGUUCCGAUUGUGGCAGCUUUUGUAUCUGAAGAAGAUGCCAAAGGAAAGAAAGAUCUUACAGUAGUACUUAAUGGCCAAAUAUUAGGUAAUCAGGAAGAAACCUCAAAUGAUAACACAAGUGAUAAAAUUGUGGGAAGCAAAAAAAUGUUUGACUUUGUGAAAGUGAUGAAUAAGGAAGAAACUAAAGAAUUAGAUUGGCCUGCAGCCAUGAUAAAACAUACCAAAGUAGAACCCAUUAUAAAUUAUAGUUGUAAUCCUUUAUCAUUUGAUUUUAGUAUGUUGUUAAAAUCCAAUAAUGUUCAUGUUGAUAAUAAGAGCCCUGAAAGUAAAGAAGUAGAAGAAGCCGUCUCUUCCAAAAGUUGUUCAGAAGAUAAAAAAAUGGGUGAUACCGAACUGAAUGUACCAAAGCUGCAGAAUGAGAUAAACAAUAUAGAAACCGAGAAGGACAUUCAGGAAGAAACGGCCAAUCUGUUAGAAGAAAUAAAAGAAGUGGUAGUUUCCAAAGAACGCUCCAGAAAAAGGAAACAUAAAAGGAAGUCGAAAAACGUGGUACACAAGAAUGAAAAGUUGGAAGACACAAGUAGUAAGCUCAAGAAACACAAGAAGAAAAAGAAGAAGAAAAAGCAUAAACAAUCUUCGCGUUGUGAAGAACCAGAUUCAAAGAAACACUCUAAGAAGUUGGAAGAAAUGGCUGAUAAUGAUGAAAAUCCAGCUGUAGAAGGAGACAAAGGUGCAAAGCCACGUAAGCACUCAAAGAAACGAAAGCGAAAACACAGACAUACAGAGAAAACUGAAACUAAUAUUGUUAAUGCUGGAAAUGCUGAAAAUAUUGGGGCAAAGAAAGAACCACCUGUCAAGAGAAAGCGUAGCAGGAGUAAGAAAAGUAAAAGCAAUAAAGAGCAUAACAGCAAGAUAUUAUCCUCUGAUAAUGAAUCUGAGACAAAUGGUAAAGAAAGUCGAAGGAGAAACAGUACGAAGAAAAGGAAGCGCCACAGAACAGUACUUAUUCCAGAACCAAAGAUUGCUGAAGAUAACCAAAUUGAAAGUAACGAUAAAUCUGAAAUAAAAAAUCAUGAUUCAACAGUGACAAAACCAAAAGAUGUUUCUGCUGAGAUUAAAUCAUCACACCCAGCAAAAAGUCCCGGUAAAAAUAAAGGUAUAGGGUCCACUCCGAAGCAGACUGGAUCACCAAUGGAAAGUAAGAAAAAGGGUGUAAGUGAAACUCCUGAUAGCACAGGAGGUUCCAAUAAAGGAUCACAAAGGAAAAGGACAGUAAGUGGCUCAGGUGAAGACCUAACACCAUCAAAAAUAAGAAAGACGCCAAAUCUGGAAAAAUCAGGACUGAAAGCGGAAGAUACUUGGAGUAAAAUGGAAGGAUUAUUUGAGGCAAAGAAAGAAGAUGAAAGUAAAGCUAAAUGGGAUACUAGUGAUAGUGAAGAUAAUGAAACAUCAAAGACUGUUGAUAAGAAAAGGAGUAAGAAAACUCCGCAAAAAUCUAAUAGAUCAAGACGUAAAAGUCGGAGAUCAGAAUCCAGUGAGUAUAGCUACUCUUCAGAUUCUGAUAGAUACACUAGAAGUCACUCAAGACAUCACUCUAGGUCUCGGUCAUAUAGCCAUUCAAGAAGUCGUUCAAGGUCUAGAAGUAGAUCAAGGUCAUAUUCUUAUGAUUCACGGUACAGUAGGUCCUCUUCUAGAUCACGAUCUAGAUCACACUCACGAUCUAGAUCUAGAAGAAGGUCUAGAAGAUCUUAUUCCAGGAGAAGAAGUUCAUCCUACAGCAGAGGUUCUAGCUAUUCUCGCUCAAGAAGCCGUUCAUAUGAUUGGUCAAAACCGUAUUCCAGAUCUCCAUCAAGAUGCAGUUCGAGGAACAAAAUAUUAAAAUCACCGCUUUCCGAAACUAUUUCCUCAAUAUCAAAAGUGAAUGAAACAACAGAAGCAAAAAACAAAACAGUUGACGUAGAUCCAGGAGAAAUACCUUUACCUACAGCAGAUGAUGACAAAACUAAAGACAAAAAAAUAAUGGAUGAUAUACCCUUGCCUCCUGCAGGAGAGUCAAAACCAAACAGUGAACCUCACAUCCCCAAUGUCACUGGAAGUUUAAAAGCGGUUUUUGCACCCCCUCCUCCUCCCCCACCUCCACAAAAUUUAGAACUUGAAUGUGGAUCAGAACAGAAACUCAAUGGUCCUCCCCAUGACCCAAGCUACCAUCAUGAUCAAAACUACCAUGAUCCAAAUUACCUAGAUGGUCCAAUGAUGCAUGGUCGGCCACCAUUCGGACAUCGUUAUGGACCACCAUCUAGAAUGUAUGGGCCAGGGAUGGGUCCACCUCCUGGAAUGAGAGGUGGACCACAACACCCACGUCAAAUGGGACCUCACGGUCCAAGGCAAGGUUAUAGAGGACCACCACCAAUCCAAGGAAGACACCCUGGGCCCCCGCCUGGCAUGAUGGGCCCACGAGGUCUGAUGAGACCUCCUAUGAGGGGUCCAAUGCCACCUUUCAACAGGAUGAUGCCACCACCACACAUGAACAGCAGUCGACCCCCAUUUCAAGGUAAUCGAAUGCCUCCUUUCAUUGGUCCACGCAUGCCUGAUCCUGAUUUAAUGAACAAAUCUAAGACGUCACCACCACCAUUACCCCCACCUAAAUCUCCUUCACCACAACCUCCUCCUCCUCCUAAAAAAGAAGAAAAACCAGAAGUUGAGGUUAUGCAGCCAAUAUUUAUCCCACCUGAACAAGCUGAACAGUACAGAAAACUUCAAAAACAGGCUCAAAAACAUGCUAAAAAGUUAAGGAGACAAGAACAGCAGGAGAAAGGGGAAGAAGUAUCAGAUGAAGAGGAGGAAGAUGAUGAUGAUGAAGACAAGAUGGAAACAGAAGAACAACAAUUAUUAGAAGCUGAAUUGGCAGCCAGCGCUGCUGAUGAUGAAGCAUCAAGUUCUUUAUUAGCAAUACCCACAGCACAGAGUCCAUUACUUCAACAGCAGACAAUACUAGUACCCCAACAAUUGUCUGGUCAGUUAUCUUUUUCUCCUUCAGGUCAGUUGUCGUUUUCACCAUCUGGACAGUUAUCAAUUACACCUUCAGGACAGCUGAUUGCAGCAGCACAACCACAGUUGAUCCUACCACAUUCUCUGUCAAAUGCAGGGUUACCAGUUCAAGCAGGAGCCCCUGUUAUAGCCUUUCCACAAACAACUCUUGGAUCGUCUCUCACUCCAUCUCUAAUCAGUCAGUUAUCAGCAUCUCAUUUAGCUUUAGGUGGACAUGCACCUGGUUUGGUAUCACAAUCAAUGCAUAGUCAGUUAUUAGGCCAGUCUCAGCUGCCAAUGCAAAGUGCUGUACAUGCAAUACCAGGUAUGCCAGGAUACCAUGCUGUACAACAAGGUCUCUCUAGUCUACAAGGAUAUCCAGGAAUGCAAGGCUUGCAGGGCUUACAGGGCUUGCAGGGUAUUCAUGGAUUACAAGGUGGUAUGAUUCCAGGUCUCCCUGGAGUUCAAAGCCUGCAUGGCCUACAGACUCAACAUGGAUUCCCAGGAUUGCAACAUUUACCACAGAUGAUUUCUCCAAUGGCUCACCAUCAAGGUCAAGUAAUUUUGAUUCCUCGAUUACAUCGGCCUAUGUAAUUGUAAUGAGACAAUACCAUAAAGUGCUUAAUAAAUAUAAAUGUGAUUUUUGAAUGAUGAAAUGUGAUAAUUUAUAUAAUUGACUUGAGAAUAUAUUUAAUUUGAAAAUUUACUUUAAUGUCUUGUGGGAUCAUAACCAUGCACAAGUAAAUAUAGGCAGGUAGUCCUCCAGCUCUACUUUAGUUGGCGUUUUUUUAAUUUAUUUUAUGUCAUUUUGAUGUCAACCUUUGUAAAUGAAUUGAUACAUGUAAUAUUUAUUAUUAAAAUGAAAUCAGUGUGUUUGUAGAAAGGGAUGAUUUCUGAUUAAUUUAUUUUCCACUCAUGAAUUUGCUACUGAUGUGCCAAUUACUGCGGAGCCAAUAUGACAUGAUCUCAUUGCACUUGUUCUGUGCCUGUGAUUAGUGGAAUGAUUUAUAUUUGAACAAAAUAGAUCUAGCUUUAUAGUAAUAGACUUCAGGUGAUGAAUGAGUGUGAACUUGUGAAUACAGUUGAAUGUGUUAUUAUGAUCAUGAACUAGAUCUAUAAUUAUAGUUAUUUGUAAAUAUUAGUCAACGCCAAUCAGGAUGAAACUAUUAUAGUUCAAAGAGAUUGAAACAUUUAUGUGCACAGGCAUUAAACAAUUUCUAUGACCUGCAGUGGUUUGAUUUUAAACCUAUGUAAAUAAAUAUGCUUUUUUUUUUGUACAUAUUGAAAACUAGAAAGUAUGUGUUCAAAUUAUUUCACUCUGUUCUUCAAUUCGAGUGAUGUAAUGUAUGCAAUAGUUUAUUUCAACAACUAAUUGCACUUAUUUGUUUUUAAUCACAUAGUGUAAAUAUGGAUAUAAUAUAAUUCUUUGUUAUUGCUUUUAUUGUUAAUUUUGAAGCAAUGCCAUUGUUGCUAAACCAGAUGACACAACAGAAUUUAUUUUUCUUUUCUUUCUUUUUAUUUAUAGAAGUUUUUGCUUCCAAUGUCAUUGAUUUCCAAACCACUCAUAUUUGUUUAGAAUGCUAACUUGAGUUUUCCAAAAAUUAAAUCAAGAUCCAGAAGGGAUAUUUGUGUAAUUUGUGUAAUUAUUGGGUUAGAAAGUAUAGCUUACACUGUGCCAUGUUUUAUCAAAUUUUAACUGUUUGUCCUCUGGUACUGUUAGGUUCAUUAUAAUGACUUGGUUUUUGUAACUUCUGCAGUUAUAUGUUCUUGUGCAACAGGGAUGGGAUUUCAUUAAACGGAGGUCAUUAUGUUUACUUACUAUUACUGGUACUAUUAUUAAUGAUUUAAUCUCAACAACUGAACCACCUCCCACUACCAUACAGACCUCAUAACUUCCAUAUUAACACUUAAUGUUCUCCUUUCACUUAAGGACUUGGUUAUGUGUUAAAUUUUAAGAAUAAGAUUUUUUUUUAGUGAGUAAUUUAAAAGCACCAGUAUAUAAGAAACAUGAUUAACAACAAAAAAGUAAAAUAAGUGUUAGGUGGAAAUAAAAAGAUAGUCAUGUAGUCUCCCCUUUUAAAAGAAUAUUCUAAUGGUAUGAAAGCCAAACUAGGAAGUGGUAUAAGUUGUCCAGGAAAUGUUACUCACUGAACAAAGAUCAAACAUUUUAAUUCUGUUUUUUUAUUUCUAGGACAUUAGAAAUAAAUACUGUGGAAUUUAUAAAUGGUCAAGCCCUUGAACUGUGAAAUCGGAAACUAUUUUAGUUCUUUUUACUGUUAAUAUGCACACAAAUGAUAAUAAUUAUGAACUAGUCAUUUGACCUGAUAUUGAAUAUAUUAUUUAAUGACAAUUAAACUCUGUUUCUGUAAAAAAAAAUCUUAAUAUUUCCAAAUAUUGUUUGUGUUGUCGGUUAUGGACAUAAAAUAAUUUAAACCACCUAUUCCUGAAUGUUGACCAGGUAAAACCCUUGUCUCGGUCAUGUCGAUAAGUCACAUUAACAAAUAUUUAACCCACAUUUAAUCUUAAGGUAUAUAUGGUUUACUAAAGUGAUUUAUCAUUUUCCAUAUUUUUUAUGGUCAACAUUUGGGAAUACAUGGAUAAAUGGUUGAAAUUGUCAAGAUUUAAAAAUUGUACAGUAAUAAUUCUUAGGCUUCUGUUAGUUGUAAUACAAUCGUUAUAAAGUUGUCUGAUGAUUUUAUGUACCGUAUGUGGUAUGGUUGUGUGCGGAAUGUAUGAGUGUAUGCCAUCGCAUUUGAGACAAAGCAUAAUAUAUUCAUGUUUUGAAAUACAAUAAAACAAAAAAAGAAAAAAAAAAUU